UCUACCCCUUGUUCCAAAGUUGUAGGGUGGUCUUUGUACUUCCCCCUCUCAAAAUAAAGAUUCAAAUUUCUAACAGCUGAAAAUGGAAAUCACACCAAUCAACCUCGGGGAUUCUGUCGUCUUUGUGGAAAGGGUGAACAAUUUAACUGGCGAUCCUGGAUUCCAUUUAAUACAGCCGCCUGUAAACAAGAAGAACACGUCUAUCCCUGCAACUCUAUUCACACGCCGCAGGAGAAUGGCAUUCCCUUCCUCCAAACUCCUUCCCUUCUUCGCCUUUCUCCCUCUCCUCCUCCAAGUCUAUGCCCGACCGAGGCUUGAUCCUUCAGAUCUUAGAGCCUUUAAUGCCAUCAAGAAUGACUUGGGCAUUGACGCUCAACUCUCCUCCUCCCCAUGCGACCUCGCCGGUGUCUUCUGCGAGCGCCGGCUUUCCAACAAUGGCAUUUAUGUUUUGAGGAUCACCAGGCUCAUUUUCAAGUCCCAAGGUCUUACCGGUUCUCUUUCUCCGGCUAUUGGGCGACUGACGGAGUUGGAACAGCUUACGGUUUCUGACAACCACCUCGUUGGCCACGUACCUGCACAGAUUGAUGACUGCCGGAAACUGGAAAUUCUCCAUCUGCAAAGCAACCAGUUUUCUGGCAAAGUUCCAUCUGGGUUCUCCUCGUUGAUUCGCCUUCGAGACAUGGAUCUUUCGUCCAAUAAAUUCUCGGGGAGUUUGGAUUUCUUGAAGCAUUUCCCCAACUUGGAAAGUCUUUCUAUUGCCGAUAAUUACUUCACAGGGAAGAUCCCAGCUUCAAUUCGGUCUUUUCGCAAUCUUCGAGUCUUCAACUUCUCUGGAAAUCGCCUUCUCGAAAGCUCAGCCCCUGUCGUGAAAGGCGUUGAGCUCUACUCAGCAACCAGUGUCCUCAAGCGUUAUAAGUUAGCUGAGAAUUCCACUACGAAAGGUAAGCCCAGUGCCGCGGCCACAGCGCCAACUUCGAGUGCUCAAGCUUCAUCUCCCGCAGCAUCCUCUCAUAAGCAUCGGAAAAAUAAAGCAGGAAAGGUAUUAGGUUGGCUACUUGGAUUGCUCGCAGGAGCAAUUGCUGGAACUUUGUCAGGGUUUAUCUUUUCUCUACUGUUUAAAAUCAUCAUAGCAGUUAUAAAAGGUGGAACCAAGAAUUCGGGCCACUCAAUCUAUGCUCCUAAGCUAAUAAAACGAGAGGAUUUGGCUUUUCUAGAGAAAGACGAUGUGCUUGCAUCACUCGAGAUGAUUGGUAAAGGUGGAUGUGGAGAAGUUUACAAGGCCGAAUUACCAGAAAAAAGCGGGAGAAUGUUUGCGAUAAAGAAGAUAGCUCAACCCCCGAAGGAUGCGGCCGAGUUAGCUGACGAGGAAAGCAAGUUUAUGAACAAGAAAAUGCAUCAGAUCAAGUCAGAGAUUAGAACUGUGGGUGAAAUCCGGCAUCGGAAUCUUCUUCCUCUUGUAGCCCAUGUUCUCCGUCCCGACUGCCACUACCUUGUGUAUGAAUUGAUGAAGAAUGGCAGCUUGCAAGACAUGUUGAAUCAGGUUUCGGCAGGAGCGAAAGAACUAGAUUGGCUUACUCGGCACAAGAUUGCUGUCGGAGUGGCAUCUGGGCUGGAGUAUCUUCACAUGAACCAUACCCCACGUAUUAUUCACAGGGAUCUGAAGCCUGCAAAUGUUUUGCUCGACGACAACAUGGAAGCUCGAAUUGCUGAUUUUGGGCUGGCAAAAGUAAUGCCAGAUGCUCAAACUCACAUGACGGCUUCCAAUGUUGCAGGUACCGUAGGAUACAUCGCACCAGAGUAUCAUCAGACCUUAAAGUUCACUGAUAAGUGCGAUAUAUACGCCUUUGGGGUUCUGCUAGGGGUCUUGGUGAUUGGGAAACUUCCAUCUGAUGAGUUUUUCCGGGACACGGAUGAGAUGAGUUUGGUCAAGUGGAUGAGGAAUGUUAUGACUUCGGAUAAUCCUAGGAGAGCCAUUGAUCCGAAGCUCCUGGGAAAUGGCUGGGAGGAGCAAAUGCUCUUGGCUCUCAAAAUUGCUUGUUUUUGCACCAUGGAUAAUCCAAAAGAGAGGCCUAACAGUAAGGAUGUCUGAUGCAUGCUAUUACAGAUCAAGCAUGAUGUACCUGAAACUCCCUCUUCUCGGAACAUCUAAAAUAAUAAUGCAUGCAAAAGAAUGUUAUCUGCAUUUAAA